AUGCAGACCAAACGGUUCUUGGGCCUAAAUGGCACCAAUCUCCAGAUUGCCAUCGGUUUUCUAGCCGGCAUGGACUUCCUCCUGUUCGGCUAUGAUCAAGGUGUUACCGGCGGUUUGCUGACACUCGACUCUUUCGUUAAAUACUUUCCCGAAAUCAAUACUCUAGAGUCGUAUACCAAGGGCUGGACCGCUUCAGCAAAGAGCAACCAGUCCACCCGACAAGGUAUCACAGUCGCAGCGUACAACCUGGGAUGUUUCGCAGGCUCGAUUCCCACAAUUUGGAUCGGUAACAUGUUGGGUCGUCGCAAGGCUAUCUUUCUUGGUUCCUUUAUUAUGUGCAUCGGUGCUAUUCUUCAGUGCACAUCUUACGGUCUUGCUCAGCUUAUUGUCGGUCGAUUGGUAACUGGGUUUGGUAACGGAAUUAAUACAUCCACAGUCCCUACUUGGCAGUCUGAAUGCUGCAAGUCCCAUCGACGAGGCCAGAUGGUCAUGAUCGAGGGAGCCAUGAUCACAUGCGGUAUCACAAUCAGCUACUGGAUUAAUUUCGGCCUGAUGUUCGCAGACCCAAACGAAGUCGCCUGGCGAUUCCCGCUAGCCUUCCAGAUCUUUUUCGCCGCAAUCAUUCUAGCCUUCGUCAUGAUGCUCCCCGAGUCACCCCGUUGGCUCAUCCUUAAGGGUCGUGAGGAAGAAGCAAAAGAAGUCCUGGCAUGCCUGAUGGGCGACGAGACCGAUGAAUUGUUCAUCGACACCGAAUUCACCGCUAUCAAAGCCACGGUCCUCGAAAUGGCAACGGGGUCAUUCCGCGAUAUGUUCACCAUGGGCGAGGAUCGUCAUUUCCACCGCACAAUGCUGGCAUAUGUCAACCAGAUGUUCCAGCAAAUCUCCGGCAUCAACUUGAUCACCUACUAUAUCCCUACUCUCCUGGAACAACAGGUCGGACUGGAUGCCAUCAAAUCGCGUCUUAUCUCUGCGUGUAACGGAACGGAGUAUUUCAUCGCCUCCUGGAUAGCUGUGUUCACUGUUGAAAAAUUCGGUCGUCGAACUCUCAUGCUCUUCGGUGCUGUGGGAAUGUCGAUCUCCAUGGCUGUGCUUGCUAUUGCCGAUAGUAUUUCAUCAAGCCACAAACAGACCCCGAUAGGUGUCAAGGCCGGUGUGGCUCAGACGGUAUUUUUGUUUGUGUUCAACACCUUCUUCGCCAUCGGCUGGCUUGGAAUGACUUGGCUGUAUCCAGCCGAGAUUGUCCCACUGAAGAUUCGCGCCCCGGCCAAUGCUUUAUCGACUUCAUCCAAUUGGAUCUGGAACUUCCUAGUUGUUAUGAUUACCCCGGUUGCUUUCGAAAACAUUGGUUACAAGACCUAUGUCAUUUUCGCUGUGAUCAAUGCUGCCAUUGUGCCUGUCGUCUAUUUCUUCUUCCCCGAGACUACAAUGCGCUCGCUAGAAGAGAUGGACCGUAUAUUUCGCAAAACUACUAGCGUCUUCAAUGUGGUACCACUCGCUAACAAUGAGCCCCACAUGUAUGGUCCGAAUGGCGAACUCUUGCGUACUCUGGAUGAUGUUGAGGAUGAUGCUGUCCGUCGUGCCAGCUUCCUGAACAAGGAGAGUAAGGCUCACCAGAGCCACGCUCAACAUGCGGAACAAUAUAGCGAAGGACAGACUAGCGAGGAGAGAUAA